UGAGGGAGAGAGAGUCCCGCCCUUGGAUUGCCCAAUGCGCUGGGUUGUGGUAAGACCAAGGCUUGUCCAAUUCCUGUCAACUCCAAGGAUGUGGAAGAAAUUUCGUGUGAGACGAGCUAGUCUGCGGAGAUGUUUAAAACCCAGGACCCUGGUGCCUUCACUUAGACGAAUCUAAGUUCUCAUUCUACGUCACACUCCACACGUAGUGACAGAGAGCCACACGGCCAGGUGAAGCGCACACACAUCCAGCGUGCACACACACUCUUCGUGGAAGCCUUCCUCAUCCUGUCCUUCCCUCAGCACCGGAGUCCGGGACUUCCCAGAAGAACAGAACAGGACCAGUGGGAGUGUUCCUUCAGGUAAAUCCUCCUGAAACUUGUACCAACUAGUUUUUGACUGACAGCGAGCAGCGAGAGACUUUUCUUCACUCUGAGAGAACCAACCCAAACACCGAUCUUUCCCAAGGCGACCUGUAUCACCAGGACCAUUUCUUUGCCAGGUCACCGCCUGCCUUCUAGCCAGGAGCCCGGUGCAUCCCCGCAGAAAACAAACGCUACACACCAUAAGCAAUAAAUGACUUCAUUCCAUGUGUGCGUUAUUGGCUUGAAGUAGAGAGGGAGGUUGACCUCUCCGUUCAGUAGUUUCAAGGACUACACUUUAUAAAGAUAUCACCCUGCUAAGAUUACAUUCCCAGCCCACAUGUCGGAACAAGAUAAUGAAAACCGGAGAAAUAUAUACGAUUUCCAGAGACUAAAGAAGACUCUAAUGGUUUGUAUGGAAUAUUGCCUGUUUGUGGGAUGAGAAGAGGGGACGUUAGGGGAGCGUAUCUUGUAUCGCUCUUUCCAUCCUUAGCUUUUGGAAACCGCUGUUGUUUCUUAACGCGUCAGAAGUGAAGCCGGGUAGAUUGCAGAACCACUAGGGGAAGAAUACCUAAGUCCGUGACAUAAAAUUAUGUGGAACGAGUGUGUGUAUGGACCCCGGAGUCAGUUUCGAGGACGACGUCUGCUGCAGAAUGCAAUGCUGUCAGUUGGGCGCGCGUGACGAAACACGAAUGGUGAAGCAUACGGGUCAGAUGGGUGGGUGCAAAGGAGGAGACGCAGGAUCUUCACAGAUGAUGGUUACGGGUGACAAUAGGGGCAGUGAUGAAGAGAGCGUUUGCCGAGCCCCGCGGACACACAGCGAGAAUCGAGUGUGCAAAGGGCCGUACGGGUCGAUAACCGGGGCCACUGACGUGAGGACAGGGUACGUCUGGUAACUGUUCACAGUACCCGGCGGCCCAGAGAGGAAGUGGGAGGCAUACGGGUGCCCCUGCGUGUAAGACGGACAGAAAGGUGGGGAGGUCUGCAGAUAGCUACCUUCGGAAGAAGCAAUCCAGAAGAGAAGGAUGCAAAAGAGCCUUUCGAAGUGCGAACAGAUUACGUUACACUUUGGAGGUUGAAGGGGCACGUGUGGUGUAUGGACAAGGGCUCCGGUCUAGUUUUUAAAGGCUUUGGGCUUUGUUCUUUCUCCGCCGUGAGCCAGCUGUGUGAUGAAGACCAGUCGCUCUGACCUCCCGGGUCGGUCUCCUCGUUUGAAAAAUGUGUGUCAGACGCCUUGGGUUUGACAAUCUUUUCAGCUCUGAUGUUCUGUGACUCAACAGUAAUAAUGCAUUUCCACAGGCGGUAAAAAUAUUCUAGACUCUUCCCUUCCAGUGCUCGGUGUUUACUUCCUCUGCACUUCCCCUUCCUGCCUCCCUGUUUGCUGGUCAGUUGAGAGUGGGCCUCAAUGGGGGCAGAAGCAGCAUCCCCUGGUAGCCAGGUGGGCGAAGGGGAGCGAGCACGUUCCACCUGCCUCGAAGAAGACGCCUUCUGACCUGCUGAGGGAGUGACCAGAAUCGGAAAUCUGUGGUAGCUGAGUAUACACAAACAUUCGUCAUACUCUGUGGGGUAGACACAUGUGUGUGUCAUUUCACAACGAGAAGCUCAGCGUCGUUUUUGAGGGUGGUCCCAAGAGCCUGACAAUGGACGCCGUUCACCUCAGCAUGUCCAGCGCUCCCCUCGUGAGGCAACCUUCAGGAGCUGGACUCAAGACCAACAGGCCCCGAGUCAUGUCCAAGAGCGGGCACAGCAAUGUGCGAAUUGACAAAGUGGAUGGCAUAUACUUACUCUACCUUCAAGACUUGUGGACCACCGUCAUCGACAUGAAGUGGAGAUACAAGCUCACCCUGUUUGCCGCCACGUUUGUGAUGACGUGGUUCCUUUUUGGAGUGAUCUACUACGCCAUCGCGUUCAUUCAUGGGGACUUAGAGCCGAGCGAGGACGUUUCGAAUCACACCCCCUGCAUCAUGAAGGUGGACUCUCUCACUGGGGCGUUUCUCUUUUCCCUGGAGUCCCAGACGACCAUUGGCUACGGAGUCCGUUCCAUCACGGAGGAAUGCCCUCAUGCCAUUUUCCUGUUGGUCGCUCAGCUGGUCAUCACAACCUUGAUUGAGAUCUUCAUCACAGGCACCUUCCUGGCCAAGAUUGCCAGACCCAAAAAGCGGGCGGAGACCAUCAAGUUCAGCCACUGCGCGGUCAUCACCAAGCAGAACGGGAAGCUGUGUUUGGUGAUCCAGGUGGCCAACAUGAGGAAGAGCCUCCUGAUCCAAUGCCAGCUCUCUGGCAAGCUCCUGCAGACCCACGUCACCAAGGAGGGGGAGCGGAUCCUGCUCAACCAAGCCACCGUCAAAUUCCACGUGGACUCCUCUUCGGAGAGCCCCUUCCUCAUUUUGCCCAUGACAUUCUACCACGUGCUGGAUGAGACGAGCCCCCUGAGAGACCUCACGCCCCAAAACCUGAAGGAAAAGGAGUUUGAGCUCGUCGUCCUCCUCAAUGCCACCGUGGAAUCCACCAGCGCGGUCUGCCAGAGCCGCACGUCUUAUAUCCCAGAGGAGAUCUACUGGGGCUUUGAAUUUGUGCCUGUAGUUUCUCUCUCCAAGAACGGAAAGUACGUGGCUGAUUUCAGUCAGUUCGAACAGAUCCGAAAGAGCCCAGACUGCACCUUUUACUGUGCGGAUUCUGAGAAGCAGAAACUUGAGGAGAAGUACAGGCAGGAGGAGCAGAGGGAAAGGGAGCUGAGAACUCUUUUGUUACAACAGAGCAACGUCUGAUGUCAGUGAACGCCCCGGGUUGAACCCUGGGAGCCCUUUCCGCGUCCGAGCUCCCUUAGAAUGCAGAGGUCACCGUGAAAACGUGAAGGUGUGGAUUCACCCUAAAAAGCUGCACACACAUACAAAAUCACCCCCCGCCCCUUGGAUCUAGUGCCUAAGCAAGCAUCGCCACGUUUGAGGAGUUCCUUUUCCAAUGCUUUGUCUGCCGCGAACUCUCAAAAUUCGUAUUUCCUAAAAUGGGGCUACAUUUCCACAAACUUGAUGUAGGGCAAUUGAAAUAAUGUCCUGCCGGGUGGACAGACAGUUAGCAAUGCUGGUAUUGAAAGGAAGUGCAUUUCUAUACAGGAUAUCAGCCAUCAUAUAAGGUAUUUAUUCAAAACAAUUAUCAAAGACGUUAUGGCCGAGAGUUGAAAUGUGGUUCGGUAUUCCUUUAUACCAUUGCUUUAAAGCACCCUCUUCUUUUCAAGGAAAGAAAAUGCUAUAUAUACAAUGGAAGCUACUGGUAAUACAUAAAAAGGGGCAAGGGACUCUGUGCUCACAAAAAUCAUAGUUCCGUUUUUGCCUUUCUUCGUUGGAUUGAAUUGUAGGAGUGAAAUUGAUCAAACCAGGGGUAAACAGUUGAGAAAACAUACACAAAUGGACUUGAUGCUAUUAAUUUUUUGGUCGGAAUGUACUGCUAUUUUCUAUUCAACACCAGCAACAUCAGCACCAUCUGGGAGCUUAUUAGCAAUAUAGACUCUCAGACCCCAUCCGGACUUAGAGAAUCAGAGGCUGUCCCUUAACAAGACCUCCAAGUGAUUUGUAUACAAACGAAAGUCUGAAAAAUGUCCACUCUGAAAGUUUUCAAGGGAACUUUCUGAAGCCACGGGACCCCAUGGGUCCCAAACCCAUUUGGCCCCCGGACCCAUCCUUCUUUCUUCAGCUUGUUAUCAUGGGCCAAUAUUUUUGUCAGCCAUCUCCUUCCUCGUCUGCAAAGGAAGUGCCACUGAUAUUCCAAGAUUGAAAAAGUUACUUGAGAGGAACGGCUGUCAUGCUAAAGCACAUGCUUGUUGACCCUAGUUAGCACAAAAGAAAAUGAAGCCACAUUACAAUCGGAAACUUGGUCAGAUGUUGAAGUCCACAGGGUUGGAUGGGGCCAUGAAGAACACAAGGGGUGAGGAUAAUGAAUUUGUAUACAGAUGACUCCUUGGGGCAUGAACUUUGGUAAUCUUAUAACGUGUAAAGAAUGCCCCCAGCAUUUAAAUAAAUCUCAUACAACUGAGUCUUACAGGGGUAACAUUUUGCUCUUGGAAGAAUCUAGGGGCCAGGAACCACAUUUCUUUGGGGCAAAGAAUAUACGUGGGGCCGGGACUAGCUAAAUGUGCCACAAGUGAAUUCUCAUUUCAUUCAAACUGGGGUCAGUUUGUGUAUUCACUCAAGAAGAAUGUGACUGUAAGUGGGGAGGCACUGUGUAGACAUACACACGAACCCACAUAUAUGUACACACACGGACACACGCACGCACGCACGCACGCACAUCCUGGCUUUUCAAGCAUAAUUGUGGAAACGAUCAAUGAAAGAUGUUUGCAAUGAAGAGAGCCAGUCCUCAACAAAUAUGCUCAUAGAUGUUUUAUUCUAUAAAGAUGGGGACACUGGGGCUCAGAAGAAAAAGGGAAAGCAAUCUGGAUUCGGGUUAUCAGGGAAAUGACGACACGGAUUACAGCAAA